AAAACAAUAGAGUCAUGGAGACGACACCAUCAGCCGAUUGGCACCAGCAAGACUCAGAGAGCAACACUCUUAUACCAGGGGAGAUCAGGAAUAGCCUAAUAACCCGUAUCGCCCAACUCUACAUUGAAGCUCAGACAAGGAUUUCCCGCUUGUUCAGGCGCUACAAAUUAAGAAAAGACCGGAGGAAAAAUAUGUAUAUAGUAGAUAUUUAUUUUGCUGAAAAUGUCGGCAACCAUGAUGAAGUCUUCAUAAUUGGUAACUUUACCACGACUACCCUGAAGAAUAAGAUAAGGAUGACAUACUCUUACUUCCACCAAGCUUUCAAAGUGACUGUCCCAGUUCAGGAUACAGUCAAAUUUUGAUUCAUGGUGAACGGAGCUAUUAAAGCAUCUAAUUACUAUGAAAAAGUUAAGAAUAUUAUACACAGGGAUGUAAAUUCAGAAGAUAGCCACAGCGCCAUCUCUAUCACAGACAUCAGCGUACAGAAUUAUAUCAAAAUUGGUAACGGAACUGACGUUGAAGUCGAGAGACGGACUGAGCAAUCGAAAGAGCCUGAACCAAAACUCGAGAAAUGGGAACAAAAUUGUCCAACCAUAUCGCUUGGACUUGAUCAGAAAAUUCCAGGAGAAAUGCCGGCCAUCAGACCCCUCCGGCCUCGCUUAAUGAGUCGAAAGGAGAAAGUAAUAGCCAAGAAGAUUAAUAAAUCAAGAAACAAGGUUGAACUCAAAAAGGUAAAAUCCAUCCAAAUUCAGGGCAGUGCGAAGAGAAAGAAAUUCAAGAUGCUCAAAUCCAACAGCAGCGUCCUUAUAAACCCUGAUUCUCAGAAGUACAAGCCAUUAUUAGACGGACUGGUCUCCUCAGUGAUCAGUGACCCUGAAGCGAUCUUUGAUAAAGAGUUCUUCAAUGCUUGUAACCUCAGGAAAAAUAGGAAUAACGCUGAUAACUUCUUCACUAUCACUGAUCGUACAGAGACCCAUAAAGAUUGAGAAAAGCUCAAAUUUGUUUCAGGAAAUUGCCUAUUUGGCAAAAGCCAAACAAUGCCUUGAGAAGAUGCCUGAUUCAUGCAUGACCAAGCCGUCGGAAUUGCUGACGGUGUCGGUGGAUGGGCAUCAUAUGGAAUAAGCUCCUCUGAUUUCUCUACUGAACUUAUGAAACGGUGAGAAAAGCUAUGUAAGAGAAUCCUUCUCAUCCAAAAACUAUCACAAAGUAUCUCAAACUAUGAGGAAUCUGAAACCUCUACUGAUGAAAUGUUAUCUCCGAUUAAGAAGAUCACUAUGAAAACUAAAUUUCAUGCUAACUCGUUUACUUAUAAAAAGGAUGAAGAAGGCGAGCUUGACCUGGAACAAACAGAAGGGGUUUAUGACCCUUACUUAGACGAUAGCUCGCAGAAAUAUCUGCAACCUAUCACACAAGAGAGGUCACUUUCCUUAGACCCUUUGUUAAUAAUGGAAGAAGCAUUCUCUGAGAUGUGAAGCUUUGGGUCUUCGACAAUCUGACUUGCGACUCUUGAAAACAAAAAGUUAAAGAUUGCAAAUCUUGGAGACUCUGGAAUGCUCGUUAUUCGGUACAUGCAUUCUGAGAAGCAAUCCAAGGUGAUAUUUUGUACAAAUGACCAACAACAUGAGUUCAAUGCUCCUUAUCAGCUUGCUAAGAUCCCUAAUAACAUCCAAAAUAUCAUCAACAAACGAAAAUAAUACAAUUGAUAAGCCCGAAGAGGCUGAAGACAAGGAUAUUUUCUUCCAAGAUACACCCAGAUCUUCCGACACCUAUGAGCUUAACGUCAAAUUUGGUGAUAUCAUACUCUUAGGGACCGACGGUCUCUUCGACAACGUCUUCUUAGAAGACAUCUUAGACACAGUAGACAUGUACAUGAGAAAUCUGAUCAAGAGCAAAGAGCGAAAGCUUAAAAAGGAAUCUCAGACAGCCUUUUUCCGAGAUGAAACAGAAAGAAUCACCUUCAGCUCUGCUGAAGCACAAGUCUUGGCUUGGAAAAUAGGUAAAGUUGCCAAGAAUCGGUCAAACACGCUUGAAAAGAUGACCCCAUUCGAGAAGAAAUACAACGAACACAGGGAAUUUAUCCAAGAUACCCAUGACACCAUCUGGCAUGGAGGCAAAACAGAUGAUAUCGGAGUUGUGGCAGCUUUCCUGACUUAACUAAGUUCCUAUUAACUCUCAACAAUUUCAAUAA